AUGCUUGGAGAUUUCAAAGAAUUCAAUAACAUCGAGGUUAAUAACUUUCAGGACGAAGACAUAUCAUAUGUUUCUGAUUUCCCAAUUACCCAUCAUUGCGGAUUUAUUUCAUUCCUUCCCAUUCUAAUUUUCAUUUUUUCAUUACUUUUAUGCGUAAUGGCUCCUUCUCCAGCCCAGCAAAUCAUUCAAUCCGAUAAAUUAUCAUUCGAUAAAGAUGUUAAAUUUUCCGCAAUCGAAAGCUACGUAUCAAAGGUUAAACCAAUGAGCGAAUACAUGAAAGUAUCAUUCAGAUUCGAUGAAGUAUUAAAUCGAUCUGUCACUGCAUCAGGAAAGGUUGCAAUCAAAUGCAAGAAAUACGGCAAAGUCGUUCACGAAUACAAUCAAGAUUUCAAAGAGCUAAAUUUGGUUGCUUCUCCUAUAAAUUGGUCGACUAAUUCGAUUGAAGUAUAUCACAACAGAAGGAUCGACUAUGAUUCGAUCAAUAUUAACUUUGUUUUCUACUCCGAAAAGCCAAUUACAGAAACAUUCACCCUUCUUUGGGAAUCCAGUGAUCCUAACUUUAUUCUCGUCUACGCGAUUACUAAGGUCAUGGCAUCGGCUUCUUUCCUUUGUUUCUUUGUCAUUUUCGUUGCAAAAAGCUUUACUUCACUCCACGCUACAACCAUCAGGAAAUUGAUAGCAGGACUAUUGUUCUUCUCGAUUUUCAUUUUUGAUCCGCUAUCUGUCAUUGAUCUUUUCCAGAUUUUCCCAUUCCAGCUUCCAACUAACUCUGUUCGCAUAUUAUACUUCGGAUACUUCAUGUUCUACACUAUCGCAAUCUUCUCAUUCAUUGGUUUCGAUAGAGAACAAGCUUCAGUACCAAGAAUGGCCGUAUCAAUCGUAAUCCCAGCCAUUUUGACAUCAAUUACGGCCGUAUUAGACUUACAAAAAAUAGAUACAUCUAAAGUAUCUAUUAUGAGCUACGAUUUAUCAACAGGAAACGAAUUUACAAUUUAUUAUCUAAUAAUCUACGCAGUUUACCUUAUUACGUUCAUUACUUCCAUUGUCCUUGCUAAAGUAUCAAUCACACCCAAGCUUGAAGACGAAGAAAGCAAGGAAGUCGAGCCACAUCCACAAACAGAUCGUUUUAACUACUACUGCGUUGCUACGAUGCCAUUUGCACUUGCAUUCUUUCCGUUCUACGUAUCACCACGAAAUAUCCCUUAUAUCCAUGGAACAACUGUCGAAUUGAUGCUCCCGAUUAUUCUCUCAAUCAUGUUCGGUCUUAUCAUGGAUCGCGCGCACACACCAACUGACGGACUCCAGUCUGGUUACGUCCAGGUCGGAGAUGAAGAAGUUGACGAAGAUAAUCCUAUUGGAAUCGAAGCUGACCCGAACACACUCACUAUUCCUGAUACAGAGGAACCAUAA